AAUAUUUGUAGUUAUCCUAAUAUGUACAAUAUAUUGUUCUUUUUCUUGUUGUUUUACAGUUAUCAUUAAAACCAAGUAAAAACAGGCGUUAAAACUUUAAUUUUUGUAACGGACUCACCUCAAUUAACUGCCAUUCCGACUGUGGAAUGUGGAUGCGGUUCAGUUCAUCCGUAGUUCACAAAAUGUAUUUACCGAUGAGAUAAUAACUGCCGAUGAGCGAGUGCGGGCGGCUGUAUAGUUCUAGCAUUAGUCCUUGGAUCCGGAAGUGUGUUUACUUAUUAUGACGCGACCGGGCCCUCCUAGCGAAAACCUUCCCACUGUGAAGUUGGUUGUGGUGGGAGAUGGAGGAGUGGGCAAGAGUGCUAUCACGAUCCAGUUCUUCCAGAAGCUGUUUGUGACAGACUAUGACCCCACCAUUGAGGACUCAUAUCUCCAGCACACAGAGGUGGAUGGACAAUGGUGUAUACUUGAUGUCCUGGACACGGCUGGGCAGGAGGAGUUUAGCGCGAUGCGAGAGCAGUACAUGCGCAAGGGGGACGGCUUCCUUCUGGUCUACUCCGUCACAGACAGGCAGAGCUUCGAGAACAUUCGACACUUUCACACCCAGAUACUAAGAGUUAAGGAUCGCGAGACGUAUCCCAUGCUGAUCGCAGCCAAUAAGGUGGACCUGGUGCACUCUCGCGCCGUGAGCGAGGACGAGGGACGGGAUCGUGCCCGGCUCCUGGCGGCGCCCUACAUCGAGACUAGCGCUAAGGAGCCGCCCUACAACAUCGACGCGGCCUUCCACGAGUUGGUGCGCAUCAUCCGCAAUCAUCCGCAGCAGCGGGAAAAGCAGCGCCGUCGCAGGAAACUGUUCUCCAGGUGCUGCAUCGUCUAGCUGACUACUGACACGUGCUUACUGCGGGCGCGAGUGCGUACGUGCGGGCGCAUCGAUGACGUUGAUAUAAAAUAUAAUAAUAUAGCUCAGUAUUUAUAUACAUGUUAUAUGCACAAAGAAACGAUUUAAGUUUUGGAAAGCGAAAUGUCGCACACUUCAUGUAGCACAACUUACAAUGGUCAUCAGUUCCUGUAACUCGCUUAGUGUGGAUAUUAAUAUAUAACGUGCCUAUUUUUAACUAACACUAAACUAUUGUAUAAUUGUAAUGAAAGUUAUACUUCUUUAGGCGCGUUAUGAGAAAAUGAUGAGAGUGAAAUUUUAAGAUGCGCGCGCAUCACUGUAACACAAAAGUAACAGGUUGAAGUUAGUCUCAAAAUUUUCUGAUGUUUGCGUCAUUCGUUAUUUUUUUUGGUUUCUUCGUCCAUUAUUAGGACAGGCAAAGGGUUCAAUCCUAUACAGCCGUAUUCAUUAUAUAAUAAUUAACUGUCAUAGCCAUCUUUGCAAGAUUUUUACGAAAUUGUUCUUUAUAACAACGUAGAAUAGCAUGAGGAAUAAGUCAUUUUAAUGGUUUUUGCUUCGUUAGGCCAAAGAAGUAUAACUUCUUGCGUGCGUACAUAAGUACACACAUACUUUUUUUUUAUCACGGGGAGUGCUCAGAGAAGCUGUUCGGGUUGAUAGUUGAUUUCCACUACCGGUCUGAUGUCCGUCGUCUUGACGUGAUCGUCAAAACGCAAAAUUUCGCCCGCAUCAUGUUGAAGUCUGGCAUGUCAUAACCAUGUAUUUUGCGAGGAACUUCUUGCCUCGCACAGCUACUUUAUGGAAUCAAUUACCGGCUGCAGUUGUCCUUCAAAAUGAGAGCAUACUCCCAUCUUGAAGGCCGGCAACGCAUCUCUUGACCUCUGUUGUUGCUGAUGUCCAUGGGCGGUUGCCUCACCACUCCCCAUCCCGUGAGCGAGCCUCUUGCCUGUUUGCCUCAUCUUAAAUAAAAAAAAAUACGGGUUGCACUCCUAGAGUGCUGACAGAGUGAAAACUUAUUUUGGCGCGUUAGACAUUUUUUUAGACUUGGAUUAUUGGGUUAUGAAUUGCAUUUUAUUUAUGAAUUGUAUUUAAUUAAUUAUUAGAAACUUUAAAAUACAUUUAAUAUUCUCUUAUGAAUCAUCGUUAACAAUUUCGACAACUCUUGUAUCAUCAUCAUUAUCAUUAACAUUAUUACAAUCUAAAAUAGAAACUAUAGGUUCAUGGUAACUAAAAUAGGAUUUUUUUUAUUCGAAUAAAAUAUAUUUAUAUUUAAUAAUAAUAUAUCUACAUUUUAUUUAUCUAAACUUGUUCGUGAUCCGCUAUAUGUACAUGUUUAUAUGCACAUACCAUAGCUGCGUCUCGUAACGGUGUCGCGAGUCCAGAGAUUUUAUCUCAUCUAAAAAUAUGCGUACCGCGCUGAAAUAUGUUUUCACUUCAAAAAUAUUUAGGA